AUGUCUCUCGGACGAACUUUCAAGCUUAACUCGGGACAUGAGAUCCCCGCCGUCGGUCUCGGGACCUGGCUGUCGAAGCCGCACGAAGUCGAGAAUGCCGUUGAGACCGCUCUCCGCCUGGGUUACCGUCACAUCGACGCGGCUGCGUGCUAUCUCAACGAGAACGAAGUCGGAAAUGGGUGGAAGAAGUCGGGGGUGCCACGCGAACAGAUCUUUAUCACCAGCAAGCUGUGGAACACUCACCAUCACCCAGACCACAUUGAGGAAGCCCUCAACAAGACCCUCGCGGAUUUACAGACUGAUUAUUUAGAUCUGUAUCUGAUUCACUGGCCGGUGGCCUUUGAACACACCAACGACACCCUCACCCCGAUAGACCCGGCCACCCAGCGAUUCCGCCUAGGCAACACCAAUAUCGCUGACACCUGGGCAGUUCUCGAGAAGCUGGUACAUGCUGGCAAGAUUCGAAGUAUUGGAAUCAGCAAUUUCACCGUCGAGGCGACCCAGAACUUGCUCAAGACUGCUAAGAUCCCGCCUGCGGUUAACCAAAUCGAGGCACAUCCGUACUUGCUUCAGCCCGGGCUGGUCAAUUUCCUCAAGGAGAACAACAUCCUCCCCGUGGCAUAUAGCCCGCUCGGAAACAACAUUUACAACCUGCCACGUGUCGUCGACGACCCACUAGUCGUAGAGAUUGCGAAGAAGCUGAACAAGGACCCUGCGCAGGUGCUGAUCUCGUGGGCCGUCCAGCGAGGCUCAGCAGUGCUGCCGAAGAGCGUCACGCCUUCGCGCAUUGAGAGCAACUUCCAAGAUUUCGUCAUUCCCGACGCUGAGUUUGAGGCCAUCAACAAGCUGGACAGGAAUGAACGCUACAAUUACCCUUUCCGCUGGGGAGUUGAUAUCUUCGGUGAAUUGGGAGCUGCUGAAGCUGAGAGACGCGCUGAGGAGCACGCUAUUAAGCUUAGGAAGGGUGAUUGA